ACUCUCUCUGCUUUCUGUGAAUAGGAGAGGAGACGGUCCGCCAUUAUUGGGGAAGCUGAGGGGAAAAAAAAUCGGCUCGUUCUCAACGUCACGCAUUUAUCCAGCGAGAGGGGCUUAACAUGAGAAAGGAAAACACAGCGCCUCACGACGAGCUGUCCUUACUCUGAAAAUAGCGUUGCUGUAAAUGACGGCAGAGCUCCGAAUCGGCUUCCAUACGGACUCUUUUGUUUUGUUUUGUUUCUUCUUUUUUUUUUAUUUCAGACACAACAAAGGAAACAAUAAUUGGUGAAAACAACGUGGUGGUGAUCCAAGAAGGGGAAAACACACCGAAACAGCGCUUCCCAACGCCUUCCCCCCUCUUUUUCUCUCUCCUCGCCAGACAUUUCCAGCCUAUGUGAAAAGGACGGGACUUUUCUCUUUUAUUUUGGGAAGAUUUUCUUUCUCUUUUUUUUUUUUUAACUGCUGCUGCUUUUAAUCAGAAAUGAGUUCUGUUUUUUUCUCCUGAAAGAGAAAGUGCAAAUGCUCAUGUCUGAAAACUUCAGACUACAGCGCGGGGGGGAUGAGCUCUUAUGGGCCAGACGGCGUGUUUACUAGAAAAGCGGAAAAAAAAAAAAAAUAAUAAUCGAUGCGAGUGUUUCUGGGGAGUGUUGUGUGUUUUUUUUUAACAUUUUAAAAAAAGUCUUUUCCCGGCCGUGAGUCGCAGAGGAGCGACGUUAGAGGAAGAACGGAGUGGACGAGAGCUGGGAAGACAGGACUGCUUGUGAUCAUGACCAGAGUUCACUGAGCUCCAUUUUGCAUGGAAACCCUGCUUCCCUGGCAGCCCCCUCCUCUCCCUAAAGCUUGCAGCCAGCAUGGCAGGAUGAGCUUCUGCCAACGAUAAUAAUGGCUAAAAAACAAGAUGCCCGGGCUCCCAUCUACAACCUGGUCGUGGUGGGGUUGUCUGGCACAGAAAAGGAAAAAGGCCAGUGUGGCGUGGGCAAGUCCUGCCUGUGCAACCGCUUUGUUCGGCCGAGUGCGGAUGACUUCGACCUGGAUCACACCUCCGUUUUGAGCACCAGUGACUUUGGAGGCCGUGUGGUGAAUAACGACCACUUUCUAUACUGGGGAGAAGCUGGUAGGACAAUAGAAGAGGGGCAAGAGUGCCGCAUGAAUGUGGUGGAGCAGACAGAGUUUAUUGAUGACCAGACAUUCCAGCCACACCGUAGCACGGCACUCCAGCCUUACAUCAAGAGGGCAGCUUCCACUAAGCUGGCUUCAGCUGAAAAGCUGAUGUACUUUUGCACAGAUCAGUUGGGCCUAGAGCAGGACUUUGAGCAAAAGCAAAUGCCUGAAGGCAAGCUCAUUGUGGACGGCUUCUUACUCAGUGUUGAUGUCAGCAGGGGUAUGAACCGUAGCUUUGAGGAUCAGAUGAAGUUCGUUGGCAAUCUGUAUAAUCAACUAGCCAAAACGAAGAAGCCAGUGGUACUGGCUCUCACCAAAUGUGAUGAAGGAGUUGAACGCUACAUUAAAGACUCUCAUGCUUUUGCCCUUGCCAAGAAGAACCUACAGGUGGUUGAAACUUCAGCCCGCUCUAAUGUCAAUGUUGACCUGGCAUUCCUUACUCUGGUUCAGCUCAUAGAUAAGAGCAGGGGAAAGCCCAAGAUUAUACCAUAUUUUGAGGCUCUGAAACAGCAGAGCCAACAGAUCGCCUUAGCAAAAGACCGAUAUGAGUGGCUGGUUACCCGAAUUGCGAACAACCACAACGAAACAUGGCCCGUCGUCAGUCGUCGCAUGCAGACAGCUCCUGAGUACAAGGAAUAUGUUUUCCUUGAGGGAACGCCGAAGGCCAAGAAGCUUUUCCAACAGCAUGUUCACAGACUAAAACAAGAGCACAUAGAGAAACGCAGGAAGGCCUAUCUAAAUACUCUACCACAGGCCCUGUCUGUGCUAAUACCAGAGUUGGAUGAGAUAGACCACUUGAGUUGGUCUGGAGUUCAGAAGGUCUUGGAGACAAAGAGAGAUUUCUCUCAGUGGUUUGUAGUUUUGGAUGACACACCUUGGGAGACGACACCGCACAUCGAUAAAAUGGAUGACGAUCGAAUCCCCCAGGACCUGCUGGAAACCCCUGCAGCUGAAACCAUUUAUGAAACCCACUUGGAUCAGUUAAGGAAGGAGCGCAAACGGGCCGAGAUGAGAUGGGAGUUCAAAGAAAAGCUAAGUGUUUCUCCUUUCAUCACACCAGGGAAACCGUGGGAAGAGGCUCGGAGUUUCAUCAUGAAUGAGGAUUUCUACCAGUGGCUGGAUGAGGCUGAAUAUUUAGACAUCUACAACAAACAUCAGAAGGAAAUCAUUGACCGGGCCAAAGAAGACUUUCAGGAACUGCUUCUUGAAUACUCUGAGCUAUUUUAUGAGUUAGAAGUGGAUGCAAAACCAAGUAAAGAGAAAAUGGGAGCCAUUCAGGAGGUGCUGGGCGAGGAGCAGCGAUUCAAAGCACUACAAAAGCUACAGGCAGAAAGGGAUGCUCUAGUACUGAAACACAUACACUUUGUUUACCAUCCUACAAAGGACACUUGCCCCAACAGCCCCCACUGUGUUGACAGUAAAAUUGAGCAGAUACUGGCUUCCAGAUUUCCUACCAGAUAUGCGUCAUCAGACAGCGCUAGACUGGAAGGUGGAAGGGCUGAACGGAUAAAUCUGGUCAUCCUAGGGAAAGACGGACUAGCCAGAGAAAUGGCUAACGAGAUCAGGGCAUUAUGUACUAGUGAUGACAGAUAUGUAGUAGAUGGCAAGAUAUACGAGUUAACCCUUCGCCCUAUAGAAGGCAAUGUACGUCUGCCCGUUAACUCAUUCCACACACCUACCUUCACACCACACGGAUGCCUUUGUUUGUACAAUUCAAAGGAAUCCCUCUCGUACGUUGUUGAGAGUUUAGAAAAGCUUAGAGAGUCAACCAUAGGCAGAAGAGAAAGGGAAAACAGCUUAGCUCAACUCCCACUGUCCCUACUUCUGGUCACUAAGCGUGGUGUUGGUUCCAUUGGGGAUAUCGGAGGAGAAACGGCUCAGACUCUAAUACAACAAGGGCAGCAGGUAGCUGCAAAGCUUCAAUGCACCUACCUAGACCCAGCCUCCCCAGGUAAGGGUUAUGGCCGCAAUGUCAGUGAGAAACAGCUUAACCAGAUGCUGAGAGGCCUCUUAGAAACUCGGAGAAACAUUGGGACCGGCUCCCCUACAUUACCUCCUUUAUCCUCUGCUUACAGAGACUCUCAGUCUCAGCAAGGCAAUGAGGCAGACCUCCGAAUAGUUAUGUGCCUGAUGUGUGGGGACACAUAUGAUUUAGAUCAACUACUGGCACCUUUCCUUUUGCCCCAGCAUUGUCGUCCUACAUCAAGCCACAGCAGCGGCACGUCCGUUCUCUUGGAUCUUGUCAUUGGGGGUCACAGACAGAACGUUGAACUGUCUUUGCUCUCUUUCCACUCCUCGUUUUCCCUCCGAAAGACAGGCCUGGUCCACGGCUACAUUGCAGUUUACUCUGCCCGCCGUAAAGCCUCCAUGGAGACGAUGUGUGCUUUCCUUUGUGAGGUCCAGGACAUUGUGCCUGUCCAGUUGCUAGCAGUAGGGGAGAGUCAGAUGGAGUUGUCAGACUCUGAUUCAGCUAAGGAGCAAAUCUGUCAGGGAGAGGAUCUAGCCCAUGAAAUCAGUGCCAGAUUUAGCACAGUAAUAUGCGGACAUGGUGGGGUAGUGGGAGGACUUCAUAAGAUAGACCUUUUCCACUCCUUCUUACAGGAGGUGAUGGAGAAGCGCACUGUUGUUGAGGCCGCACACAUGUACGAUAAUAUAGCCGAGGCAUGUACCAAUGAGAGCUGCGGGUCCCCCAGUCCAGUUCACAUCCAUGUUGACUCAGAGGAUGAUAUUGACCCAUCGCCACCUUACCCUACACUUAGGGAGGGUGGUAGUCUAAGUUCCCACCUGGGAAGUUUCAAGCUGCCAGACCUGGAAUCGAGUGAUAGAUUUUCUGUCAUUUCUGAUAUUGGUACAUUUGAAAGCAAGCUAAAUAACAAGGUGCCUCCACAAGUGAAGCCCAAGCCUGUGCGUAAAGGACCCUACGGUGAUCAGCAAGGCACCUCUAACAGACCCGUCUUGCCCCAAACUGUCACCUGGGCUCCAGGGAGCGACGGAGGCUACGACCCCUCGGACUACGCAGAGCCUAUGGAUGCUGUGUGCAAACCUCGACCUACUGAAGAGGAGAAUAUUUACUCUGUCCCCAUCGACAGCACACAGGGCAAGAUUGUCACCAUCCGCAACGCCAACAAGGGUCACACCAAUGGAAGUGCUGCGGGCAACGGAUCUGACAGCGAAGCUGACAGCAGCUCACUGGAGCGCAGGAGGAAGCUAUCCGUUUUUGGUGAAAAGCCUAAGCUUUACAGAGACAGGUCCCAACGGCUUGGAAAAUUCAGCAGUUUUAGGACAAGCUUCUCUCUUGGCAGCGAUGAUGAGACGGGUGGUCCGCCAAAGACAAGCCAGGACGAUGGAGGACCUCAGAAGGACAACUCCAUAGAUGAGAGCGAUGAUCACAAAACAAUAAAGAUUCUCCGGGGUCUCCGCAGAAAUACCAAGAAACAAACUCGGUCCAAGCCCCGGCACUCCAACUCCAAACCUGUUGAGAGCAACUACUUCGGCAUGCCGCUGGCUGCCAUGGUCACUGUGGAGCGACCGAUCCCCGUCUUCAUUGAGAAAUGCAUCCGCUUCAUAGAGACCACAGGUAAGAAUCUGCUCGACCCGACUUUGAUGCGUCACACAGUCAGACAUUUUCUUUCAGUGUCUCUUGUUACGCAUCUGUACAAAAGUCUGUAAUUACCCCUAAAGGGU